AUGAGUGCUUCAGAGUCCAGCACACUGCACGCGAACACUCCUGUUCCGACAAGCCAGCAACAGACGUCUGCCUCGAAAGUUCCUCUACUAGGCGAAGGGUUUCAAGAGUCUAGGCGUACACCAGUAUCAAUACCUGCCGAAAACAGCGACGUCGAGGAGAGCGGGGCGGGUACGACACACGAAGGCGGCAAAUACGGGAAACGAAGAUUGUUUGGCUUUGGGAAGAAGAAGGAGGAUGAGAAGACCAAGGAAAAGAAGAAUACUGAACCUGCGCCAAACAUGAAAUCCGCAAAUGCGCCGCCCCCGUUGGCAGCGCCCGUGGCCCAGAAAGCUUCAAAUAGUAAUCAAUCCUAUUCGCGAACAAGCCAACACUAUCCGCCCCCUUGUUCGCCGCAGAGGAAUUUAUCAUCAUCUCCACGAAUAGCCUCUCCCGCUGGAUCGCAAAUCUUUGAGCGCGAUGUACAGGAAAGCACGUUGCCGCCCAAUUCUCCAGCAAUCCCAUCGCACAUCCAAACCGAAAACCAUAUACCGCCAGUCUUAGAUGCUUCUUCGGAGGCUAUCACCAACGAUAAAUUGGACCCAGACACGGUGGAAAUUGUUAUGCACUCGUCUCAUCAACCAGCAGCAGUGACUGUCACAGGCGUGGGUUUCCCCGAAACCCCGGUUGGGCAUUGGACGGACGAACUGGUUUCUCAUACAGACCGAGACGAGACUGCAUCGAAUUAUGGAUCUCUCGACAAUACUGAUAUACGUCGCUUGAGCUUCAUCUCAUUUUCCGAUAUUGUACAGUCAGAGCACGCGGAACACGCAGGAAGCAGAGAUUCUAUUUAUGUUGCAGGGUUAAGUUCAUUAUCCUCUGGUGGGCUGAAUAGAUCUCCUUCGCCCGUUCGGUCUCCAGUCUCCUCACAAGGGUUUGGUACUUCCCCCCCGACAAGCAAGUCCGCGUCUAUCAAAGGAGUUGAGCUUUCGCCACGAGCGAAGGCCCUGGGAGGCCAGGUGUCGUCUCUUCCGCCUACAAACGUUGGCGAAUUGACAAUAGAAACGAUGAGACAAGCUUUGCGAAGAACAGGGAGUGGAGAUCUCAGUGGUGUCAGAAGUCAGCCGCUCAGCCCGGUGAGCCCCGAUGGGUUGUCAGAUCGGUCUUUCCGCUAA